AUGGGCCCCUGUACCGCCUCCUCAUGCUGCUGCCAGGCCCGUAAUCUGCCAUGGGCCCCCGUACCGACUCCUCAUGCUGCUGCCAGGCCCGUAAUCUGUCAUGGGCCCCUGUACCGCCUCCUCAUGCUGCUGCCAGGUCCAGAGUGUGUCAUGGGUCCCUGUACGGCCUCCCAUUGCUGCUGUCUCCAUCGCCACACUCUGCCAUGUGCCACUUUUCAGGUCUCCUCACACUGCUGGUGGGUUCCAUUUUUUCAUAGGGUGCUGUAUGGCCUCCCAUUGCUGCUGCCUCCACCGCCACACUGUGGCUCCACACUCUGGUUUUGGCCCCGUGACUGCCCAAAUGAGUGAAGUGUGCGGCGAUUCUAAGAUCGACGGCACUCAUCUGCAUGUCAUACUGACUGACAGUAUUAUUUCUCUUCCCCAGCAGACUCCAAGGGCAUUUAAAUUAAAGGUACAGUGUUCUGCACUAAUAUAA